AUGCCUGAAAUCAACCUUCCUGCCCACACCCAGGCCCGCCUGGACGCAGCCAAGGCUGCGAAGGCGGCCAAGAUCCCUAAGCCUGCCGCCCCUGUCGCAACUGACACCCUUCCACCAGAGCAGGAGCCCCAGACUCGUCGCCUUCCUGGCUACAUCGAUGGCCUCGGUCCUGAUGCUCGACGGGCUAUCUUGGACAGCCCGGACCGUGUGGCGAUCGCAUACGGUGCUCGAGAGAACCCCAUCAUCCUCAUUGAGAAGGUCAACGAAGCUAUGUUACGUCACUACAUUCCCCACAUCGUCAACGACUACUACGUGGCCUCGACCGAGUCUGACGACAUGAUUCUCCUACCCAACGACAUGAACCUGGUAACUGAGCGAGGCCUCAAGCACGUCAUCCGCUGCAUGCUGCAAGAGAUGCAGCGUGGAAGCUACAGCAGCAGGGCCUUCACCAGAGACAGCAAUGACAACGGCCGCUACAUGAUCCGACCCCACCCCAACGUGGUCCACAGCGUGCACGCCCUAAACACCCUCCGCGCCUUCGGAUUGGAUCACGACGUGGAGUUCCUGAAGCGCAAGGAUGGACCGAUUGCGGCUGGUCUCAAGCUUCGUGCCCAGCAGUGGAACGGAGGACUUGGUGGCCUCCGGCGAGUCAUCGACACGUUGGGCCGCGAGGUUCUCGAGGGCCAGGAUGAGGAGCUCCUUGCCGAGGCGCGGGCUGUGUACAAGGAGUGGCACAAAGCGACGGCCCUCGUCCCGGCGCCUAAGAACAAGGCAUGA